CAUGUUAGCAAUCACAAUAACACGUCUACUCUUCUUAGCAACUAAUUAGUCAAAGUUGGAAAGAAAUCUCCGGCAAAGUCAACUUCUAUCGCUUGAAUUCUUGAAUGCGCAGGUUAGCUUAAAACUAGCGCAUGUUAGCUUAAAACUAGCGCAUGUUAGCAUCGUUUCAGGAAAUUGGUAAUCAAACUUUCCACUUUCGUCUUCUUCCCGUGUCUGUCUUUAAUCUCCCCUGUUUGGUGACUAUAUUCCAAUUUCCACCAAUCUUCUCCUCAAAAAACAUCUCUCUCUUAUCUCUUUCCUCUUCCUCAAAAUUCAUUCACCAUGAGUCGCAUGAUGGGAUUGUUCGAUCUCGAGAAACACUUCGCCUUCUACGGUGCUUAUCACAGCAAUCCGAUCAACAUUCUAAUCCACAUCAUCUUCGUUUGGCCAAUCGUCUUCUCAGCUUUACUUCUCCUCCACUCAUCGACCCCAAUUUUCGAUCCUUCUCAAUUAGGGUUUUCUCAAUCGUUGACCCUCGACGGCGUUCUGCGAUUUAACGUUGGGUUUAUAUUCACCUUGAUUUAUGCUCUGUUCUACAUUGGUUUGGAUAAGAAAUCUGGAUUUGUAGCUGCUCUCAUGUGUUUCUCUUGCUGGGUUGGUUCCAGUUUUCUCGCUGCUCGAUUAGGAUCUUCUCUUGCCUUUAAGGUUGGGUUAGCAUCUCAGCUGUUAUGUUGGACCGGGCAGUUCGUUGGCCAUGGAGUGUUCGAGAAACGAGCACCUGCGCUAUUAGACAAUUUACUCCAAGCUUUUCUCAUGGCUCCUUUCUUCGUGUUGCUCGAGGUUCUUCAGUCAGUUUUCGGGUAUGAACCAUAUCCCGGUUUUCAAGCGCGUGUGAAUGCCAAGGUAGAAAGUGACAUCAAGGAAUAUAGGGCAAAGAAGCAGAAGAAGAAUAAGAUCACAUAAGUUUGGAUUAUAUAACUGAAGAACUUGAACCCAUUCUCGUGUUUCUAUAACCGAAAUGAUAAUAAGACCACCAUGGAUUGGUGUAUAUGUGUGUAAACUAUAUGUUUCAAUAUUGAAAAAUGCAAUAUGUUUCGGUCACUCAAUGAUCACAGGUCAAUUGUUGUUCCGUUCGACUUGUUUUAGUCCGUUCUGGCUUAAUCGUCUGAUCUUAUUGUUUCGCAUAGCUAAUUGUGAUGUAACCAUUGGGAUCCUUAGAUUUCAAUUGUUUAUUGGUAAGUGUUGAAGUGCAAA